UUUAGCUCUCUCUCUGACAGCGGCUGUCAUCUAACGCUGCAUCUCAGCCUAAUUUACUGUCCAGCCUGCUGUUUCUUAUGACAUCCUUCAAGCCCGGAGACAACUGCACACUAUGUUUGAGGAUCCUGAACUCCAAGAUCCUUUGUCUCUGAGUCUAAAUGAAAACUACAGUAACCAGAACUCACCAUGCCGCGAGUCAAAAAAAGGACCAGCAAGCCCCGACUACACCUGUGACACACCUGAGAUUCAAGUUAUCAUUAAAGAGGAAGAGGAUGGCUGGACUGUGAGUGAAAAUCAUGAAGGCUUCGGCUCGGACGCAGAAAACGAGGACACUACCGCACACUCUUGUCAUCCGCACUUCAAAGCGUGUGGGACGGACGACUCCGUUUCGUGUGGAGUAAAGAGACACCAGAGAUCCUGUCCUGUGGAGAAAUGCUCCGAGGAGUCCGCCGCCGGUCCUGCUUACUGUGAGCAAAGUUCCUCCGCAGCAGAGGAGCCACAGAGACACACGCUCACGGAUUCAGAAGACAAACCUCACAAGCUCUCAUGUAUUCGUGGGAAAGGGCCGGGACACGUGUCUGUGCACCAGUACAACAACACAGCGGAGAAACCGUUCUCCUGCUCACUACGAGAGACGACGGCCAGUCACAAAAGGAACGUGAAAGUCUGCGAGAGAACACGUGUGGCGGAGGAGUGUCGUCCUCAAGACCAGAACCUGGACGGAAAACAAAGCACAUCUUUGUCAACAGAAGCAGAACUACAUCAGACCAAAAGACCAGCACCUUACCAAACAGACUCUCCUGAAUGUAAGCCCCUAAUGUCACAUGGACUCACCAUGGCGUCGGCAAACCUAGAGGACCAAACGCUCCAUCUGACUGUCAGGCUGCAGGCGGGGGAGGAGGAGGAGGAGGAGGAAGAGGAAGAGCAAGACGAAGAAAUCGGAGGUUUAAUCAACUCUGAUGGCGAAGUGGUGGAGUGGGACAGCAGAGACAGCCCUGACAGACGCUCUGAAAGCACAGAAGGUCCCAAUCCAAGCAAGGGUGUCGUCCUGUCAGAGUCUCAGCUGCAAGGCCAAAACCAGAGAGACAGCAGUAGUCCGACACUCAUCAUGGAAGUUGUGUCUGUGGGGGAAGAUGAAGAAAGGGAUGAAGGGGAGGAAAAAGAGAGAGUAGUGAAGAUGACAACUGUUUCGCCAGUAAAUCGUGGAAAGAGACACAGAAGGAAGAAAAAGGCUCCUCCAGUCACAGCAGCGGUGUCAUCGGACGUUGCUGAUGAAGAGGAAGAAGGUCCUGCGAAGCGUGUCAAACGAAGGAGCAGAAGAAAGAUUAUAGAAGCUCCACAGGUGUCCAUUGAAGAUUUGGAGGAAGAGCCUGGAAUAUCGAGGCGGACCAGAAGAAAGAGGAUUCCCGUCGUCACCGUGGAAACAGAAGAAUUUAACACAAAAAGUCUCCGGCGUGCUGCUGCAAAGCGACCUUACAGAAAAAAGAAAGAUGCCAAACCAUCAGCUGAAGGAGGAGAGAGUACAGGGAAGAAGCGUCCCGGCAGAAAGAUGGUUCAAGUACCGAUAGAAAUACCUCCUGAGCUCCUGAAGAAGCCCAAAGAGAAGAUCGACUACCACUGCUCAGUGUGCGGCAAAGAGUUCCCUCACGCCUACAAACUAGAGAGACACGAGCUGAUCCACACGGGAGAGAAACCUUACUGCUGCUCCAUCUGCGGUCGGGGUUUCAACCAGAAGGGAAACCUCAAAACACACUACAAAGUCCACCUAGGUCGAAAAGGCUCUGUGGAUUUUGAAGAUGAGGUGAAUCCAAUAGCGUCAGAACUCUCUGAAUACUUGAAGUCUCUGCCGGGGGAGUCGAGGAUCAGGUCGUCCCUUCACUGCCUUGAGUGUGGGAAGGACUGUGAGAGUCAAUCAGCUCUACAAGCACACCACAUCACCACACAUUCAGCUGCCGAGUCAGACACAGUCGAACACAGCACAUCACAGCUCCUCUUCUGCCGCCGCUGUGGCAUCCAGUUCACUGAAAAAGAAAAGCUGGAAGAACACAUGAAAACCCACGUGAAGGAGAAACCCUACUCGUGCCCCGACUGCGGCAAGAAGUUCAUCAAUGAAAACUACAUCCAGAUUCACCAGCGCAUCCACACCGGGGAGAAACCUUUCCUCUGCUCCCAGUGCGGCAGAGGCUUCCACACUGCUUCCUCUCUCAAGCUGCACGAGAUGCAGCACUCCGAGGAGCGGCCGUUCGCCUGCUCCAUCUGCGGCAAGAAGUUUCGGAUAAACUCGUACCUAACAGCACAUUACCAGACCCACAUUAAAGACAGACCUUUCAUUUGUUGCGUCUGUGGGAAAGGCUACUCCAGAGCCGAGGAACUGAAGGUGCACCACAGGCUGCACACCGGGGAGAGACCCUACGAGUGCGGAGAAUGCGGGAAGAGCUUCAUUUACCGCCAGGGUCUCCGACAGCAUCAGCGCACACACGCUGGGAGACGCAUCGGACCGACCCGACAGCUCGGUAGACCAAAGCAACAGGCCAGGCUGGACAUACAGACAGCUAUCAUGACCAACGUACAAGUAGAAGAGGAGGAGGUGUGUGGUCUGAUCAACUCAGAGGGAGAAGAGGUAGAAUGGGAUCCUGCCAGCUCUGGAGACAUUCAUGAUCAGCAGCUGGACAGAUGCAUGGAUCGGUCCUGCUGUCGGGUGUGUGGGAAGAAGUUCUCAAACAGCGGAGCUCUGCAACGACACCAGAGGUUGCACGCAGGAACCAAACGUCACAAAUGUUCCCAGUGUGGGAAAGGGUUCAGUUUGCUGAACAGAUUGAGGAGACACCUUUUAAUCCACACCAAAGACAAACCUCUUACUUGUCCGCCGUGUAACGAGAGAUUCUCCCACGAGGACAGACUGAAGGAACACCUCGGCACACACAAGUGGUCCGCUGAGACCGAGGCUUUGGAUGGAGGAGAAACUGCGGGAAGCCUGAUUAACUCAGAUGUUAAUGUGGAUAAGAAUCCUGUUGGAAAGGCUCUUGGUGUGACGACAUUACCUGGUGACACACACACAGCUACAUCAACCAAACCUGAACCCAGCUAUUCUCUGAAAACAGCAACACACAGGAAACGUCAGAAGAAAACUGAGGCUGAGAAACUCUUCAGCUGCACAGACUGCAGCAAAGACUUCCAGAGCGUGUACGCCAGAGACCGCCAUCUGAGAGAGAAACACGGCAAGCACCAGCGUCACACGUGCAGCGACUGCGGACGGAUUUUUAGAGGGAAUCGAAGUUUGAUAGUUCAUCGGCGGAUCUACCAUCCAGCACCAGCAGCAGAUGUGGAGCCACAAGAAGAGCGCAGGGCUCCGAAGACCUACAUGUGUUCAACGUGUGGGAAGCAGUUUCCUAGCAGUGCUUCUCUGAGCAGGCAUCUCAUUAUUCACUCAGGGAAGAAACCGUACAAGUGCACUUUGUGUGGAAGAGGUUUCACACAGAUCGGAAACCUCAAAACACACCAGAAGAUUCAUAAAGAGAAAUUAACCAACGCGGCAGCUUUAGAAGAAAGUUCUACUCAACCCGAAGAAGCACAAUCAUCAGUGGAUAUCUACUUUUGUCACCUGUGUUGGACGCAAUUUUCUGAAAAACAACAGCUGGAGGAACAUUUGAAGCAAGUCCAUGAAUCAGAGAAACAGUUCCCUUGCACACAUUGUGGCAGAAGAUUCACGUGUGUCCAGAAACAGAAAGAACAUGAAGCCGGGCACGAGGGUCUGAAGCCCUACCAGUGCUCACAGUGCGAUAAAGGUUUCCAGACCUUAAAGGGACUAGAAAACCACACGCGAGACCACACAGGAGAGAAACCUUUCCAGUGCGUUGUAUGCGGUAAAAUAUUUAAGCAGGAGUCCACUCUGAGAGCCCACUUCACGACGCACUCUGGAGAGCGGCCUCACCUCUGCUCCAUCUGUGGGAAAUGUUACACGAGAACCGAAGAGCUCAAAGUUCACCUCAGAGUUCACACGAGAGAAAAACCGUACCAGUGUGACCAGUGUGGGAAGAGUUUCUACUACAGGCAAGGCUUCAAUAACCACAAGAAGACUCACAACGCCAAACCAAUAGGGCCCACCAGGAGGCUCGGCAGACCCAGACAGCAGGGGAGUCCCAGGAAGACGAGCAGGACCAAGAAGGUCUCACGGGGGGCUCAGUCUGACUCAGAUGGAGAGGACCCAACGUGGGAGCCUCCAGAUGUUGGAAACAGGCCUCGUCAUCACCACGGCAACCGAGAAAAUCACGCUGCAGAGAGCCAAGUCCAGGAUCAGGAUCACUUAACGGAGAGCUGUCCAGCAGAGCAGCCCUCCUGGCCCUCUGGGACUUCCUCUGUGACUCCGUCCUCACAGGUGGGGCUCGGCAUGCGUAACACAGCGUCAAAGAAGAUGCACCUGAGCAAGAGUGCAGCAGAGAUAAAUCACCAUGAAGAACAGAGACCAGCAGCACAUGACCAGGAUCACAGCACAGAAUCUACAGAACCUGUUGAUGAACUCAGCAGCUCCCACGGGGAGCUUAAGGAGAAGCCGUCUGAUGAGCCGAAACGGCACCAGGCGCCACGCAGAUCCAAGAAGAACUACGACUGUCCGACCUGUGGAAGAGCGUUCUCUCACAACACCGCUCUGCAACGACACCUUGUGAUCCACUCAGGGAAAAGACCUUUCAAGUGCUUCAUAUGUGGAAGAGGAUUCACCCAGAGUGGAAACCUCAAAACACACAUGAAAGUUCAUAAAGGAGAGUUACCAAAUUGGACAUUAGUCAAAGAGAAGAGUCCCCCUAAAGAGUCUCCUGUCACAGUUCAUAUGUGUGGAGAGUGUGGGAUGGACUUCCCUCAGAAACAGCAGCUGGAGGAACACCGCGAGAGCCACAAGAAGCCUUACGCUUGUUCUGACUGCGGCAAGACAUUCAAAAACGAGUAUUAUUUCAAACUCCAUCAACGCAGACACUCAGGAGAUUAUCUGUUUUUCUGCUCGGAGUGCGGAAAGAGUUUCCUCACGACAAACUCGCUCAAAAAACACAAGUUGACGCACACUGGAGAGAAGAACUUCCACUGUGAGCAGUGCGGGAGAGCGUUCUCGCAGGCCUCCCACCUCAAAGGACAUUUAAAAACUCACAGCGGAGAGCGGCCUUAUCUGUGUUCGAUCUGUGGUAAAAGUUACUCCAAAGCUUACGUUCUGAAGGUUCACCUGCGAGUUCACACUGGAGAGAAACCGUAUACUUGUGAGAAAUGCGGGAAGUGCUUCUAUUACUAUCAAGGUUAUCAAGCACAUCUGAAGAUUCACGAUAAGAAGCCAAAACCGCCAACGAAGCCGCUGGGCAGACCGAAACAACAGCUGCUAGCGGAAACAGCUUGCACCUCUAAGCAGAGCAACAAGAGAAAGACUGUAGUCUCGGAGGCGAUGACCAAAAAGAGAGUGAACCAAGCCAGAGCUCAGACCAGAGUCAACAUCGGUGUCGCUUUUCAACGAUGGCGACAGCUGAGAGAGGUGAAGGGCCUGAAGAGCGACGCCAUGGUGGCUGUGUUUCUGCUGGACAGUUAUGAGAAAGAUUCCUCAUCCACACCUUCGGAGCAUGGAUCGACCGAACCCCCACCUCCUGCUGUUACCAUCAUUUUAGCGGAGUCUCUCUCCGACCGAGAUGACGACUUCUCAGUAGCUGGAGUCGAGGCGUUAGACAACAGCAGCACUCAGGAGACAGAGAUUCAGGAAUUGGAUGCAAGUAUUAAAUGGGAAGAUGACACGUGGUAUUCUGAUCAGGAGUCUGUGUUGUCGUUAGAGGAAGAUGAAACAGGGGAAGUAGACACAGACUGCGACGACAGCGAUGACGAAGAUUAUAUGCCUCGUAUGUGUAGGACUGGUGCUGCUCUAAAGACCAAGAUUUGCUUGGAUGAGCUUCCACCUAUCAGCAUGGAGGACUCUGUGCACGAAAGCUUUAGAGGAUCAGCUGAACUCAGCCGCUCCCACGAGGAGCUUAACGAGAAGCCGUCUGACGAGCCGAAACACAACCAGGGGCCACGUAGACCCAAGAAGAACUACGACUGUCUGACCUGUGGAAGAGCAUUCUCUCACAACGCCGCUCUGCAACGACACCUUGUGAUCCACUCAGGGAAAAGACCUUUCAAGUGCUUCAUAUGUGGAAGAGGAUUCACCCAGAGUGGAAACCUCAAAACACACAUGAAGGUUCAUAAAGGAGAGUUACCAAAUUGGACAUUAGUCAAAGAGAAGAGUCCCCCUAAAGAGUCUCCUGUCACAGUUCAUAUGUGUGGAGAGUGUGGGAUGGACUUCCCUCAGAAACAGCAGCUGGAGGAACACCGCGAGAGCCACAAGAAGCCUUACGCUUGUUCCGACUGCGACAAGACAUUCAAGAACGAGUAUUAUUUCAAACUCCAUAAGCGCAGUCACGCAGGAGAUUCACCAUUUCUCUGCUCGGAGUGCGGAAAGAGUUGCCUCACAGCGGACAUACUUAAAAAACACGAGCUGACACACACCGGAGAGAAGAACUACCACUGUGAACAAUGUGGGAAGGCUUUCUCGCAGGCCUCCCACCUCACGGGUCACCUCAAAACUCACAGCGGAGAGCGGCCUCACCUGUGUUCAAUCUGUGGUAAAAGUUACUCCAAGGCGUGCGCUCUUAAGGCUCAUCUGAGAGUUCACACUGGAGAGAAACCGUAUACUUGUGAGAAAUGUGGAAAGUGUUACUUUUACUCUCAAGGUUAUAGAAAGCAUCUGAAGAUGCAUGACAAGAAGCCAAAACCACCAACAAAGCCGCUAGGCAGACCGAAGCAACAGCUGCUAGAAAACAAUCCCUGAUGUCAUCGGGGGAAGUCGACACUAAUUUGAACACAUAAGAGGAAAAAGGACAUCAUUUUUUACCAGUUUGUUACGAUAUGAAAUAAGUGACUGAAGCAAUGUGAAGAUACUCAUGUGUGUUAUUGAGUGUACAGUCAGCUCCAUUGUUACAUGUGUGGGACUCUGGUUUUUAAUAAAUCCUCUUA